UUUAGAAAAACAAGUAUAUUUGAAUGUCCCUAGUACACUAGUGGGAGAGUCUAAUUCGUUCUUCAUGUCAUAGCUCACGUAGCUUGAUAGGUUAGUUUCGCGUAGGAGGUCUGAGCAUAUUUGAAUAAGUAAUGUCGAAAACACUGUAUUCCUGGGGUUCAUAAUAUCACGUAGAUCACUCCAGAUAUGCUUUCAGUCGCGUCGCGGGCUGCCCAGGGCGGUUUUCGCGCCCGUUCUUUCUUACAACAGGGGAACGGCCAGGCAUGGGCUGCGGGGGCUCCUUCUAUGUGCAGCCGCCUAAGCCCGUACAGAUCAACGUUAUAGAGCCGACCAGUGUAUUUGCGGACACUGCACCUCAAAGUGACAGUCAAGACACCCAGUUUUCCUUAAACGUCAAAUACAGUCAACAGAGACACACGGCCUCAAGUUCAACUUCCAAGGAAAGGCUACUGGAUUCGAGCCCGUCAACGUCUUUUUUACCAAACAAACCGGAAGACAACAUGGCGUCAUCACAGGACACAGACAUCAUGAUAAGUGGAGAUGGAAAUGACCGGGACUUCAUCAAAUUUUUGUCCAGCCAGUUGAGUAGAGAAGGGCUGAGGGUGUGGAAUGAGGAAACAAAAGACUCCAACCCUUCCCAGCGAGCACAAGCCAUAGUAGAGGCAAAGGUCUUCGUCAUAGUGUUGAGCAGCAACGCGGUCCAGUCUCAGCACUGCACUGACGAGGUGUCGCUGGCCUACAUCUCCAACAAAGCCAUCUUCCCGGUCGCUAAGGAACCCUUUGAUAAGAUCUACAAGGAUCUAGCGUUUGGCAUGAAGCUGACUCUUGCCAAGCUGAACUGGAUGUUUUUCACUAGUGAUGAGGAGAGUCAGAAGAGUUUCCCCACCCUGGUCACCACCAUCAGGUCCUCUCUCAACAAACUCUCCAAAACCGAAGGAGUGGUGUCCACAUACGAGGUCAGUCAACUGUACGUGAAGACAGAGGAAACCCAAGAGAAACAGCCAGGAUUCUGGGAGAGGAAGUUUGGAAACGUGAGGACGAACAUUCCGUGGGUCGAGUUCAAGAGGGCAUUCCUGGAGGAGUACCAGCGGAAGCUGGACAAACAUUUUCCGGGAAAACAGCAGGAAUUUCUGAUGAGACUGAUCAACGUGGACCUUCUAGAGGGAAGCCAGAGAUUUCAUCGUGAGGCGUAUGAUAAUUUUUGUGGGACACAGGUCAAUGAACCCCACGGUUUUUACAGCAGAGUUAAAGAGUACUGUGGCAGUAAACAGGCGAUGAGGGAGGUCUUCGGUAUGGACUCCACAGUUCGCCUCUCUGCAAUACAGAAUCUGGGUAAAUUCAAGACACCUGGUGUGGUAUCUUCUCUGAAGAAGCUUCUGGCAGAUGAAGACCCCAACAUCCGGGCUGUGGCAGCUAUCGCUCUUGGCAAGACAGGUACAUGUACACCAGACAUCGUCCAAGCACUGGUGGACCUGCUGAAGGAUGAAGACAGGCUGGUACGGGAGAGUACCUGUGUGUCGCUGGGUUACCUACAGGCUCAGGAUGCUGUGCCUCAUGUCAUUAAUGCCUGGAGAAACGACCCAAUCUCGCACGUCCGAGAGGCGGCGCAGGCAGCCCUGCGUGUGAUUGGUGGAGACGAGGCAGACCAGGCCGUGCACAUCACACAGGUGCUGACCAGAGAGAUGAACGACCUGGCCAAGUGAUCAGCAGGGGAAAGUUUCUCCUUUUAAAAAACCCUGCCACACAAUCAAAACGUUCCAGCGGACAAAUGUUGGCUUAAGUUUGGGACCAUACUACCUUGCUAUAUGACUCUGAUAGAGUCGGACAAUCUGGCCAAGUGAUCAGCCGGGGAAAGUUUCGUUUGAUUCCCGUUAGAACAUUCCAACACCAGCUGAGCAUGAUUAGGAUGUCAUAUCUUUUGAUAUUUUCUUGUAAUGAAAAAACAUUCUAUCAGUAUGUACAUGUAUAGUUAUCAUGGAACAAAGCUGUACAGUACAUUUGUCAUUUUUAUGAAUUCUAGUCUUUUUGAACAUUAUGAUUAUGACCAAGGUCAGCUGACAUCGGGACCAGAUUUAGGCCACAACUACCUUUCUAUAUGAAUCGGAUAGAAUUUGUGUUAAAUUUGAGUUGAAUUUGACCACCCUGAAAACUGCUGACUGACAUUAAACUUGGAGAAAAAUUCUAUUUAUUGGAAGAAGCAUAUUCAUUUUCAGGGCCUUGGAAAUCUAUUUGUGUUUCUAUGAUAAGUUUAGAUGUAUUUAAACCUAUUCUGUAUUGCCUAUGAGGAACAUGGCUGACACGAUUAGGAUGUCAUAGCUUUUGAUAUUUUCCUGUAAUCAAAAACAUUUUGCCAGUAUGUGGGUAUCAUGGAACAAAACUGAGUGUACAGUAUUUUGUCAUUGUUGUGAAUAGAAUUCUUUGACAGAUUUGUAUCUAAAAGCGGUACUAAGCUUUUUUUGUGUCAGAUGUGUUAUACGAUGUACAAAGUUUUUUUUUAUCGUGAAGUGUCUUGGCUUGAGUGUAGCUACUGCUAUGUAUAGAAAAUGUGUAUUUUUGUUCAUUAUCCAGUUUGGAAGUGUUAUGUAUAGAGAGUUUACAUCAUACAAUCAAGAAUUGCAAGUCAUUGCAUACACUACUGCAGAGGACUUUGUCUAUUUUUAAAUAUUAUGAUGUAGUUAAAUAAUAUAAUACAUGUACAUGUAUAUGCUGAAUACUGCAGGGAAUAUUGCAGAGUAAAGUUUUUAUCGGGACAAAAAGUUUUCUGUAUGGUAUUUAUUGAACAAGUCAAAAAUGCUGGAUCAACAUGACACAUUACAUAUAAAACAUAAACUUCACAUACAGCAGUUGGUUCUUACAAUGGAUGAAAUAAACUCUUCUCUGAACUUUUUAUACACAAGUUCAAAAUGAUUGCCAAGACAAUAAAUAGAUGAUAUAUAUAUAUAAUAUAUACUUAAAAACAUGACACAAAUACAAAGUAAGCAACAUUAAUGUUCCUAACAUUUAGUCUACGAAAAUUAAAUGGUACAAAUUUUGCCUGACAUAGUUUACACCAUCAUUGGCACUGCUAAUUAUUACUAGUCUUUAGAGUAAAAACUGUUUUGAUACAAACAACCACAAAAUAUUUGCAACCAAGAAGAAAACAGCAUCACAACUAACUGUUUUAAUAAUGUGUUCCUAUUUACUAACUCCCAAGUAUCUAGCACGAGGGGUUCUCUAAUACAGUGUAUCUACAUGUACAAGGAGGUUCCUUUUUGAACCUCCUUGGUAUCUAUAAAAUGAAGAUCAUAUAGGCUAAGCACAAGUCACAUUUUAGGUAAAAUGUCUCAUACAUGUACUGCCAGCUGUAUAAUACAAACAAAAAAGGUUGGUUAUAAAAAUGGAAGUAAAAGCUGUGUGGGUUACAAUGGCGUCAUUUGGGACCUGAUAAUACACCAAUAACUAGAGAGUGUGGCCUCGCCAGUGUGGACCCACUGGAUAGAGCUGCUUGGAGGUGCAGUGUGAAGUUUAGCCAGCUGCUGCCAACCCGUGUCAGGGACCCCACAGCAGUAUAAUCAAAGACUAAUACACAGAGUAAGGUUUGCCUGCCAUGCUUUAAUCUAUUUUACAUACCUGGAUUGGAAGCACCUUUGGAGGUAUAUGCACCAGUACUAGACUAAGUGCAGAAUUCGUUGUGCGGUGUAUAUAGUAGUAUACAUGUACUAUGUUACAUGUAUGUAUACAUGUACCAGUCCUGUAUUUUGACACUUAGAAUGUUGUGCAUUUUUUAAAGGCAUUUUCAAGCUAUACGAUUAUCAUACUGUUUCUUAUGGCAUGUUGUUCCACAUUGUAUUCUUGCACUACAGUAGUCAUCCCAGCAUAUACUAUUAAUACCUUACAGUCUAAAUACUAACUAAUACGUUAAACUUCUGAAAACCAUGCCUUGCCUUUAGUAAGUAUGUACAACUUGGCCACAGUUAGAGAUAGACAGUUACACUCCCCGAAACGUUCUGACAAUCUUCAGUCUCAGACUGCUAGUAAAAAAACAGAACAGGACCACAGUGUGUGUAAUCCUUAUUGUAAAAGCCGGCUCUAGUCAGAGGGUUACUACUUGAAUUAUUCUAGACAUUAAACUACAGAUGGUGCUAUACAUACAUGUAUACAACCUAUAGGCUUGAUGAACAAGUUUUAUCACAUUAAAACCCUACAUUUAUGAGACACAUGGCAUCACACAUAGGUUACAUGGUUAUGUUGCGUGAAAUGAACACUGUCUCCUAGAGAAAUAGUACAUUUCCUGUCCUGUUCCAAUCUCCAUCCAGACUUUCCUCUCAAAAUCCAUGUUAGGGGGAGGGGGGCAGUGAUGGUAGUUUGUCGCUUGGGAAGCAUGAAGGAAGCUUUUUUUUUUGACUGAGGUUACAUUUUUUUACUUUGAGCAUGAUGUUCCACUGAUGUUCCACAGAC